AUGCAAUGCGUGGAGAGGUGGAUCAAUGACAUUUCGACGGACGCCCUGACUUAUGUGCAGAACUCGCUCACGCAAAUCGCGUUUAUCUUCGACCCCAAGUCCGUCCCCGACGAACUCUCCGUCUCCGAUUACACGCCAACCCGUGGCGACAUCAGUGUCGUCAGCACUGCAUUGUGUUUGAUCGGUCAUUGUCUCUUUGUCAGUUGGUCAAGAGAGUUUGUUACUUCGACGUAUGUGGUGUUAGGCAAUCGAACACUUAUUCCCUUAGACAUGUCUUCGAAACAGUCGGCAACACUAGGUUCUACCGAAUUGUCGUUCCUUACCGAUGCAAAACAGCUGUCGUCACCAGAGCAGGAACUAGACCAUAAUCCACAUUCUAUGGUGACCGCUGACCAAGGCCUCAACCUCAACCAACAAAUAAAUCACCAUACUGGUCCAUGUACCAAUGUUGGCUCUGCGUCUUCACUGCUAACACCGCAAUCUGCUUCCCUCCUUCCUUCGCUUUCGAAUCUGCAGGAACCGCCUCAGCAAUUGUCAACGGCAUCAAAGUCAGCGCUUCCACCUUGUCUCAGCCCAUCCAUUGUCUCCGACCCCAAGUCAUUUCCCGACGAACUCCUCAUCUCCGACAGCAAGCCAACCCUUGGCGACACCAAUAUCCUUAGCACUAGUGGUGGUAGUGGUGAUGAUGGAGUUGGUGAGAUCUAUGGAGGAAUGCAGAUUUCCUCUCUAUCUGUGUUUUGGGACGACAUCUUGAGAGACAAGUGCCCUAGCAAUAGUGAGUUGCGUCGCAGGACAACUAGCUCACAGUUCCCAGAGCGUCGCACAUUGAGAAGCAUUUGGAACAAGUUGAAGCAACUGCAAGCAAGUAGCCGUUGGACCGAAUAUGCUCUCCCGGAACCGACAAAGCCGUUGAGUAGGUGGAUCAAAAGCAUUUCGUUGGACGUCGUAACAUAUGAAGAGAUCUCUCCCAGUAAAAUGGAGAUCACUGAUCAAGUUUCCAUCGCCGACCACACACAAACCUAUAGCGACGCCAGUAACCUCAGCACUUGUAGCCGUGGUGGUGGUGUCGAAGAUGGUGGUAGUGGUACUAAAGAUGAUUGUUGCGAGAUCUCUGAAGGCAAAUUGAACUACGACGAUUACUUGCAGCAGCAGUGGCAGCAGCAGUCGCGUGAGGGCUGCGCCACCUGUAGUGAAGGUGCGGGUGUGGAGAGCCGAGGCAACACGACGACCACCUCAAGUGUAAACUACCUUCCACCACUUGCUCCCCCUGGUGGUGGUGGUGAUGAGAGCAACUACCAAUUCCCUGCCCGCACUGGGCCCUACCAUUUUGCUAAGCCUCCUCACUCUCCUCUGUUCGCAUACAAUCGAAAUUCCAGGUCCAGAUCUUUGCUGCGAGGUCCUUCGAAUCGGUUCUGCUGGAACUUUGAGGCAUGGGAUAUUGCCGAGGGAUAUCGCGACAACUUCUCGAGUGGCAACUUCCCCAUAUUGGAUGAGGUUCCUCGCAGAACGAGUCGCGCACAGUUGCAGGCACGUAGAGCUAUGAGAAACAUUCGGAAGAGAAUGAAUCGACUGCAGUUCCUCACCCAUACAAAACAGCAGUCACCAGCAAAUCAACAGCUAGACCAUAAUCCGAAUUCCAGGAUGACCGCUGACGAAGGCCAUAAACUUACACGACAAAUGCUUCACCAGACUGAUACCGGCACCAAUGCUGGCCCUCCGCCUCCGCCGCCGCCGCCACCAUCACCACCACCGUCGCCGCAGUCUGUUUCCCCCCUUCGUUCGCCUCCAACUCUUCCGGAACCUGCUUAG